CCAGCAUGCCAGUAGCACAACAACAAUGCAGCUUCUCUUUUGGCAAACUAUUCAGUGGGGGUUCCCAACACCUCACACGCACGGACCACGGAGUGACACUCACACACGCUGCACCAACCUGCGUGGUUCACGCACGCCUGUCCAUUUUGUAGCAUUGGACCCAUUAAAAUGGAGACUAGAAGACAAAAAGCUGCUGCUCCUUUGGUCUCACCUACCCACGCCUGCUGCUGCUGCUGCUGCUGUCUGACUGACCUGUUGGAAGAGGCAGAGCACAUCACCACCCCUCCUCUCUCUGGCCGAGCCAUUAGCCAUGAAUUAUGGCGCUGCUACCAUCACAGCCAAUUGUCUGGAUGAAAAGCAGGCUCUGCUUCACUUACCGUUGUGCGUUAGCUUGUGCCUGCACGGCAGGUUCAGGAUCAUAGUUUCUGAUCAGCUCUGUGGCUCAGGUCAGAGCAGGUAAACUGCUGGAUUUGUGGAGAGAGAGAAAGAGAGAGAGAGGUAGACAGAGAGAGAGAGAGAGAGAGAGAGAGAGAGAGAGAGAGAGAGAGAGAGGAGCAGCAUCUGUUACCAGGAAAACUCCUGACCGCUGUAUCACUGGGAAACCCGCGAGCAGAUGUGAUGCAGAUACUGGACACGGAGGCAAAUCAUCAGACACUGCACUGAACAGUACAGCUGUUUCACUGGUCUCUGCACCUGUCUUCUCAUGCAACCAGCAGAGUAGAGGCUUGCCUGCUGCCCUGGAACGAUGGUGGGACUGAGAAACUGCUCCACAUGGGAACCUUUGCUGCUCAAGGCCUCCUGCAUCAAGUCCUGUGCCAACGGCUGCUCCCUGGGCAUCACCGCACACCUUACUUAUGCUAAUGCUGACAUAGAGUCCGUAGAGGGUGUGUUUGUUUACCCUCUGGGGGAAAAGGAGGUUGUGGUGGGCUUUGAGGCUGUGAUCGCAGGCCGGCUGGUCGGGGUCCAGAUCCAAAGCCGAGGGAAGCUGAAGGACUGCUGUUUGGACUGCUGCCCUGGAUCUGGUCUCGAAGGCCACUGUGGGAGUGGGCAGGACUGGGGCUGCUGUGGGAGCUCCAGCCUCGACAUGCAAUGCACCAACGGACAUCUCAUCCUGGAUGAAGACCUUGAAAGAACCACCUUCAUCAUUGGCACAGGCCUCAUUGGUCCCAUGGAUAUCGUUUCUGUCGUCAUAAGCACCACACUCGAGCUCCCCACGUUAGAGAACGGAGCGAUCCGCAUCGUCUACCCUGCGCUGCUCACCCCGAUCGUGACCGGCCAGAUGACUUCAAGCAAGAGUGAAAACGGAGGGAAAUCUGAAGAAAAUGGACCAACCAGCUGUUUCCGUACCACCACAGGAAAACAGGACCGGGCCCUGGACUCUGAGCAGCAGUGUGCCCACGCCAUCUUCACCAGUCCAGCUGCCAACCUGGCACCUUAUGAACUCAAUUUCCAGCUGCUGGUCAGAGGGGCCUGCCUGCUGGCCGGCCUGGAGAGCCCCACUCACGCUCUGAGGGCGGAUGCAGACCCCAGCGCCCAAAGCGCCUCGGCAACCUACAUCACGUUGGCGCAGGAGCAUCCGUACGACAGACACAUAGAGAUCAUUCUGCACCUCAGCGAACCACACAGCCCGUUGGUCAUAUUAGAGAAAGGCCGGCUCUCGUUCAGUCAGUACGAACAGCAGAUCAGCGCCCGCCGAGAUUUCAUCCGCUGCAGUCGCAAAGACUCAGAGCCUGAGAGGAAGCUGGAGUUUGUGAGGAAGCGAUACCACAAGGACAUCCUGAACAGCCCCGUCCUGAUGCUCAACUUCUGUCCCGACUUGUUUCGUGAACCUCUGGAGCUGCACAAAGCCACCAGAGAGCUACUCUUCCUCGUGGAUCGAAGUGGCAGCAUGAGUGGCACCAACAUCAGUCGUGUAAAGGAAGCCAUGGUGGUGGCCCUGAAGAGUCUCCCUUCCGGCACCAUGCUCAACAUCAUCGGCUUCGGCACCACCAUCAAGCCUCUGUUCACCUCCAGCAAGCUCUGCACUGAUGUCACUCUAACGCAGGCGUAUGAGUACGUCCAGAGGAUGAGAGCUGACAUGCGAGGCACCAACCUGCUGGGGGCGCUGUCCUGGGUGUACCAACAGCCCAUGCAGCGCUCGUACCCUCGGCAGGUCUUCAUCGUCACGGAUGGAUCCAUCAGCAAUGUGGCCAAAGUGCUGGAGCUGGUUCGCAGAAACACAUGUGCUGGCAGAUGCUUCGGCCUGGGCCUUGGUCCCCGAGCCUGCAGGAGACUCCUGCAGGGCGUUGCCAAACUGACGGGAGGGACCACAGAGUUCUUGGAUGAUGAGGAGAGACUCCAGCCCAAGCUAAUCAAGUCUCUGAAAAAGGCCUUUGAACCUGUGCUGACCGACGUGCGGAUCGACUGGUACCUGCCAGAAAACAUGGAGGCUUUUCUUUCCCCCAAUGAAAUCCCUCCGCUCUACCCUGGGAACCGUCUAAUUGGAUACUGCACCCUUUAUGACAUGACGAGUUUCAAAGCAAAAAAGACAGAGUCUCAAGGACGGGGCUAUAAAGGUGUACAUUGUGGCUCCGCUGGCUCAGUGUUUGGCCAGUCGAACGAUGAACUUUCACCUCCUCCUACCUCCGAGUUAAUGCCUCUGGUGACGUGUGCAGAUGGCACCGACUUGGAGGAGGCACUGAGGGAGAUUUCCAGGGAGAUCUCCUCCGAGUUCUCCUGCGCCAAAGACACAGACCCUGGCACCAGCCCAGGUGUGGAGCUCGACUGGUCCAGUGACGUGAGGAGGCGGAUCCAGGAGAGCUCCUACAUCCAGGAGCAGUACGUCUUAACUCGCUGCUCCCUCAGCAGUGAGCGGAGUCUCCAAACACAGUCCCACUCACACAUACACGCCUCGUCCAACUCCGACUCUGCAGGUGGGGUCUUUCUGUCUGACCCGCACUCCUCUGGGUCAGUGCUGGAGACAGGCUCUCUGCCCCAAGACCUUGAGAAGAUGCCCCCUCCAGAGCAGAGAUCAUCCCUGUCUCGAUGGGCGGACCCUGCAUGGCAACAAAACCUCUCAGUGGAAGUCCCUGAUAAUGGGCCAGAAAAGAGUGGACGUCUGGAUGGACCCGAGGAGUGUCGUAGGAGACAUAAAGCGCUGGCUCGUUCUACCAUGGCAGCACGGAGUUUCUCGUCCCCUCAGGGCGAGCUGGAGAUGCACCGCCUGAGGAGAGCGCUGGAGAGGGUCUCCUUCGACCAAACGCUGGGAGGGAGGCUGGACGAAAGCGACGGAGAGACGAAGCCCCCAUCGAGAGGGACGCUGUCUCGCAGGAGCCUCACCGACUCAAAUGGGCUCCUGUUCCCCGCCUCUCCUCUGGACUGGGACAGCUUCACAGACCCAGAGUACCUCUUUAAUGCUGCUCCACCCGAUGAUCCCCUGCCAGGGCAGUGCCGCUCGCUCAUUCACGGCCUGCUGAGCGGCAGACCUGUGUCCUGGGAGGUCACUGUGGACCUGGGGCACCUCUGGACCCCGGAGAGCCAGGAGUCACCAGUGAUCGAGGGGUGUGGGGGACGAGGAGGCGAAGACGGAAGAGGAGGGGAGCAGUGGGAGGAGAUUAUUCACCAACUGACUGCACGCUCUGUUAUAAGGGACUUUGAGAAAAUGGCAGAGAAGGAGAGCGAGAGCGGACAUGGUUCAGCUAAGCGAUACCGCAUGAAGGCGAUCCAGACCAGUAAGCACUGUAACAUCAUUUGCAUGUACACAGCUUUCACUACCACUGAUAGCAACUCCAACAAAGGCCUCCCAGACAGCACGGACGUCCAAAACACAGGGGUGCAUUUGGGGAACAGGCGGAUCGCUCAGUCAGGUAGUCGCAGACAGAGGGCCUAUUCUGUCGGUUUGGGCAGGCGGCGCACCAGCAGAGACAGCGAGGACAUCGAGGACACCUGGAACUCUACAGACAGAGAUGACACUCCCGCCUCACCCUGUAGCCUUACGUCCUGGGACUCUAGUCUAGGGGGCAGUGCGACAGCCCCGGUGAUAGCAGGCACCCCGUGCACUCGCUCACAGCGAUCGAUCGAGAGCAAGUCAAUGGAGAGCUUCUUCGGCACCAGAUUUCCACUGGGCAGAUUGAGGUCCUCUAUUUCAUCAGGAAAGCAGGUUCCUCUCAAGUCCCACUGUCUGUCUGCAGAGACUGACAAACAACCUGAAACCGAAGCUCCAGACUACCUCCCCCUGGUGCGUCUGCAGCUGGCAUCAGGAGCUUUUCUUCUGACAGAGAUCUACUCUGACUGUGUCCAGAUCCCUCUGGACCGGCUGAAGAGGGCAUCGCCCUACAGCCUCCACCGCCGCAGCCUCAGCCCGCCCUUCCGCUGCACAUCUCCCAGUGCUCCAUCUUUAUCCACCUCUGCCAAACCUCCAGGUGUCCCCAGUAUUCACCACGUCACCUUCUCCCCUUCUGCCUGCUCCCUCAUCAAACCAACCGCGCCCCCUUUCCACCACACUCCAGACGACACUCCCCUGAUGCUGGAAGCAAGGCUUCGCCGGAGACACCUUUCUGACCGAGACCCUGUCACCUCACCCCCUGACCUCCCCAGCUCCGAGGAGGGCUCCCUGGAGCUAUCUGUCGGCCCUUCACCGAGCCAGAGCCACGGCCAGGCUGAUAGUGGUCGCGGAUCAGAGACAGACGUGUGUGAAGGCUCUUCAGGAGAGCCGUCUGACCUCCAGGGGAGCAGCCAGUUGGCUCAAGAGGACCUGGAGGGCUCGAGCUGGGCCACAGCUGUGGCUCUAGCCUGGCUCGAGCACCGCUGUGCCGGCUUCUUCAUGGAGUGGGAGCUGGUGGCAGCAAAAGCAGACUUCUGGCUGCGCUGUCAGGAGCUGCCUGAGGGAGUGGACCUGGCAGGGCUGAAGGGCGCCGCCAGACAGCUGUUCCUGCUGCUACGCCACUGGGAUGAGAACAUCAAGCUGAACAUGCUGUGUUAUAACCCCAAUAAUAUGUGAGAGAGUGGUCUCUGAGGAAACUGAGCCAGAUCUACUGAUUGUGAUAGUGACUCCUGUAUUUUAUCAUCGACUAAUACUGCAACCCAGUGCCAAGUUCACUCUAAUAUCAAGUUGUACAUGAAAUAUUUAUAUUUAUGUGACAACAACACCCUUUACAUGGCAUUGACCAAGUGGCCUUUUACUAUAAAUAUGCUUUAUGCAAUCACAAGAAUGCCUUGACCAUCUAAAUGGGCUUUUUGUAGUCAGUAUGUAGUCAGUGUAGUGUUUUAAUUCACCAAUGUAUAAUCACAAUCAGUGAGUGCUUGAGGCUUUGUAAGAUUUAAUUAUCAGGAUGAUUAUUUUAUAAACUAAUGAGACAUUACUUUAAAUGAUGGAAUUAUUGUUGGGAAAAUAAAAACAUGGAUUGGUGGAAAUCA